AUGAAUAAUAAUAAUAAUAAUAAUAAUAAUAAUAAUAAUAAUAAUAUAAGUGGCAGUAAUAGCAUUGAUAGUAAUAAUAAUCUAUUGUUUUUAAAAAUUUUAAAAAAUAAAUAUUUAAUGCAUAAAAUAUGUGAAAAUUUUAAAUUAAAACAUGUUUAUACAUUCGACAGAUUAAUAGAUGUAUAUCAAAUAUUAGAAAAUUAUAGAAAUGGAAUUGAAAUAUUGAAAGAAAAGGUCAAAUUAAAAAGUUUUUUAAAUUUUGAAAAUAAAUUAGCAUUUGAAUAUAUAGGUGAAAAAAGAAAUGGGUUAUUGAGUGUGUAUAAUUCAAUUUAUAAAAAAGAUAAUAAAUUAUUUUACAACAGAUUAUUCACAAAUUACAAACACCUAUUUAUGAACAUUGAAGAGUCAUUAGAUUUAAUUAUAUCAUGUUCAAAUAAAGUUGCACUAUACGAAUUUGUAUCAGUAUUCAAAGUGGCCACUAAAACAAUUAUUAAAAAACUUAAAUUAAUAUUCAAUGAAAAUACCAUAUCAGAUAUCCAGCGUGCCAAGUUUUGUAUUUCAGUUUAUGAAAGAUAUAUUGUGAAUUAUAUUCAGAAUGGGUAUAUUGAAAACAAAUGGUUUAAUAAAAUCAAUACAACACCAGCAUCUCGUUCUAAAGAAUUUGGAAAAAAUUUAAAUUUUAAUAUAAAUAUAUUUUCAUUUUUAAAAUUCAAACAUAUAAUUCAAAUAGUACAUACAUUCCCUAAAAUAGUAAAUAUUAAACAAAGAAAGGACGAUAUUAAGUUUUUAAAUCAAUUUUGUGAAAUUUACCAAUUUAGUAAAAAGCAGCUAAAUUCAAGUGUUGUAGAGCUUAUAACACCAUUAUCAGUAUUAAUAGAAGGAAAUGAAGAAAUUAAUUUUAAAAAUAUACAGUUUUUCAAAGAUAUGGAUCAAAAUGUAAAAUUAAAAACAAUAGUAUAUAAAUACUUAGAAAUUUAUAGUCUCGAUUUAUAUUCAGUAUUUGAAAAGCCACCAAUCUUUUAUUUUCUUUUUGAAAAUAGGCAAGAGAUCCGAUAUCAAGUUGGCAUAUUUUACUUUAUAUAUAUAAAUGACUACGAAUUGGAAGGUAUUUUGAAACACAAUGUCGAUGUGAAAUUUAUAAAUCAACUAAUCAAAGAUAUGUCAAGUUUCAGAGAUUCACAAAUACUUUUUUUAAAAUGUAUUUUAAAGAGCAACAACAUGAAAUUAAUAGAGUAUAUUAACGAAAACAAUAACAUAUUUUUAAAUGGUUGCCAAGAGAUUCUUAUGGGUAUUAAUUCAAAAGAGGUAUUACUAUAUCUAAUGAACGAUAGUAGAAAUAAAUUUUUGCUUUUAGGUUUUGACAACUAUAACUUUUUCUCUAAUCAAGAGGUGUUAGAUGUAUAUCAAGAGGAGUACUCAAAUAGAACAGGUAAAAAACUUGACUAUAAAUUACGUUCUAGUAAUUCAACAAAUUAUCCUCCCAAAAUGGUGCUUCAGUGUUUAUUAAGAGCUAUUAGAAAUCCACUACACUACACCCUACCUUCUAGUAUGGUUCUAAACAACUAUGGCGAUUUAUUUAACUGCUUUGUUUUUUAUAAUAAUCAAGAUAUUAUAACAUCUCUUUUAGAAACCUUAAAGUUUACCGAUUUAAAGUUAAAGCCAAUCGUAAGAAAUAAAUUCGAACUGCCCAAAGGUUAUAAAUUUGCAUAUUGGUUAUUCGAACAUUGCUCAAAGUUACGAGAAAUACCAGAAAUCUAUCUGGAUCCAAGUUCUUAUGAAGAUGACGAUGACGAUAUAUUUAAUAAUAAUAAUGAUGGUUAUGAGGAUGAUGAAUUAAGUGACGAUGAUACAGAACAAGAUAAUCAGUAUUAUUUAAAUAAUCAAGAUAAUGACACAAUGGUUUUAAAAUUAGAUUGCAAUGGUAUACCAAAAGAUAAUCCAAUAACAGUGUUUUUAACAACUUCAAUUUGCCUAAAUUUAUUAUAUUGCUCUGGAAGAUAUAGCGAAAUUUUAGAGUUAUUAGAAACCCCAAUUAAAAGAAGAUUAUGUUUAAUAUCAUCAUUAAUAAACAAAACACUCUACUCUAAUUGCAGUAUUCAAUUUAUCGAGAUGUUGUUUGACAAGUAUUUCAGUAACACAUUAAAGGGUACAAAUCUCAUAGCAAGAUUCUUUAUUUCAGUAAUAUCUAGCAACAACUUUCCUUUGUUUAAAUUUCUAGUUUCAAAAUAUCAAAUUAUCCAUAAUAAUAAAGUAGCAAUUACCUUUAUCAAUUUAGCAAUCGAACGGGAUCAUGUAGAAAUUACAGAAUUUUUAUUAAAAUACACAAAUUAUUCGAAAUUAAGUUUAGACUCUUUUUUAGAAUUAAAAAAAAGACAAAAUAAUUCAUUAAUCAAACUAAAUUUAUAUAAUAAAUUUAUAUAA